AAAAAAAAAAAAAGGCCAACCUAGAAUACCUUAAACAGACACUUUAUUAUAUCUUUUAAAUGCCAGUUUUUUGCCUUUUUGAUUAAUGACCAAUCACUAGUCAGAAAAAAGACACAUAAUAAACAAUGUUAUUUCUCCUCCAUUAACGACGUAUUGUUAGAAAAUCUAUUAUCCUACUUUGUUUAUUCAUAUUUUUUUUGUAUCAGAAAUGCUAUAAUAGCUUUUUUCAAUUGAUAACUGUUUACCCGACCAUAUUUGUUAGAAUUUAUUCUGAAACAUUUUUGAGUAAAUAAAAUUCUAAUUUAAUUGAAAAAAAAAAAAUCAUAUUAUUUUACUGAAUUGUAGUGGUGGUAUUAUAUUAACUAUGAAGUUUGGUAAACGAAUACAAAGCCAACAAUUCUCGGAAUGGAGUUCACACUACUUGGAUUACAAAGGCCUUAAAAAAUGUAUUAGUCUUUUGUUAGAAGAUCAAGCAUCUUCUGCUGAAGCAAAAAAAGCUUCAUUCUUUUUUAAACUUGAAAGAGAAUUAGAAAAGAUCAACUUGUUUUAUCUUCAAAAGGAAAAUGAUCUAAAAGUUCGAUUAAAAACCUUGAUUGAUAAAAAAAAAUUGAUACAAUUAGAUUCUAAUCGAUUGAGACAAUUUUCACCUCAAUUAACUUCAUUAGAAGAAGCAUUUGUUCAAUUUGAAAGGGAUUUAAACAAAUUGCUGAAAUAUGUCGAAUUAAAUAAUGAAGGAUUUAAGAAAAUAUUGAAAAAAUGGGACAAACAUUCAAAGUCGAAUACAAAAGAACUUUAUUUAUCUCGUCAAAUUGAUAUCCAGCCUUGCUUUAAUCAUCAGAUUUUAGCUGAAUUGGCUGAUAGUGCAUCAACAAGUCGUAUAGAAAUAAGCCAUUUAAUUAUGACUACUACUACUAAAAGCCACGAUGAAAAUAUAAGAUUUCAACAACAAACGAGUCUAUUAUCUACGAAUAGCAUUAUCAACAAUAGUCAUAAUUUACCAGCAGAUGAUAUUGAGUUUGGACUCUUACAAGCUUUAUCAGCUAAUCAAUUAUCACUUGUUCAAAGCGAAUUGAAUAAAUUGACUCUAGAUGAACAUACUGACUCUAUUACACGAGCCUUUUUUCAUGCUUGCCGUUCUGAUACUUUUAUUGAAAUUAUAGAAUUACUUGUCAACACAAAUAAGGUGCAAUUUGAUUAUAUGGAUGAUAUUAAUGAACGAACCUUCUUGCAUAUUGCUUCUAUGAAUGGUCGAUUUGAUAUUUUAAAGCUUGCAUUUGCUCAUUUUGGAAAGAAUGGGGGUUGUGAUAUCAAUGUAAGAGAUAUUUAUGGUCGUACAGGUCUUCAUUAUGCAACUAUGAAAGGCUUUGAUGACUGUGUUUCGCUUUUGUUAGAUCAGCAUGCAGAUAUCGAAGCAAGAGACUUGGACGGAUUUAGUCCUUUGUUGUAUGCUAUCUCUAAUGGUCAUACAACGUCUGUGCAAAUUUUACUUGAUGCGGGAGCUAAUAUCGAGCCAGAAAAUGAAACAGAUCAUAUUCCAUUUUCAGUAGCCUGUUUUUAUGGCUAUACUGACAUUGCCUUGAGUCUCUAUUAUAAGGGAGCUAAAAAUUUACCGAAUUUAGAGUUACUUUAUCCUUUACAUCUUGUUGCUCAGAAGGGACAUGUUGAAUUAUGUCGUAUUCUUUCUAAAAAUCAUGAAUAUUUAGAUAAGCCUGAUAUCUAUUAUAAUUGGACACCUCUCUUUUGGGCUGCUACUUAUGGUCAUAUUGAAUGUGUCAAGAUUUUGAUUAGUGAAGGAUGUGAACUGAAUCUAAUAGACGAAAAUGGAAAGACAGCAUUGCAUUAUGCUGCUUGGGAGGGACAUACAAGAUGUGCGCAGUUAAUGAUAGAGGCUGGAUGUCAAGUUAUUAUCGAUCCACCUUUAUCUAGAAGAAGAAGAAUAAGAAAUGGGGAUCAUUCACACAUAACGCAGCCACCUUCUUUACUGUCUACUGAAGAAGAAGAAGAUAAUAAUAAUAGGAAAUUUGAAUCUGAAUUAGAAAAUAUACCAUCCUUAGAACUUCCACCACCUAUCAUACCUUUUCGUAUUUAUGGACAUAAUUAUUUAGACAAGAAAUAUCAAGUACACAUCGUGCUUAAACAACCUCCUAUCAAACUUUAUGAUACUACACCUAUAUCUUCAAUCAAACUAGUGAUCUCCUUGAAUCCUAAUAACGGCAUUAUUCCUCAUAGUCUUAUUUUACCAAUGGCACAUCAACGUGAGGUACUUCAAUUUCAACUUGACUCACUUGAUCAUGUUUUACUAGAGAUGGAUGUAUUACCUACCUUUGGUACACAUGCAUUAGGUCGAGGAAUUAUAGCGCUCUCUGAUUUUAUAGUCUCUGAAGGUCAUCGUACUGUACUGUUAUUAGAUAAUUAUCUUAAACCGAUAGGAGAGGUUGUGUUUGAUUAUCUCUUAGUGAAACCCUUCUUAGGUAGUCAACUUGAAGUAGGCGGUCGUAUUGAAACUUAUUGGAAGUCCAAGAUGACAGGAGCUACGUUAUUAACAGGUGUUACAGACGCUAUCUUACCAGCCACAGUUGUAUCUUCAUUUGUAAUCGCUUCAUCACUCUCAGGGGACUAUUCACGUAUUGUCGUACAACUCACGAAAGAUGGUGUACCAGUUGUAUUUACAAAUUGGAUGAUACCCCUUGAUCAUUUAGAUUUAGCUGUCUCAGACUUGACCUUUCAUCAAUUAUGUCUCUUGGCAGAGAAUUAUGAAAAUAACGAUGGUCAAUCUCUAAUGACUUUUACAGGGAAUCUAAAUCUUGUUCAAGAAUUGAAAGAAAAAAAGACAAUAUUGACACUUACAGAAGCAUUAAAGCUACUACCAUCUACUGUGGGCAUCUUAUUGGAAAUUAAAUAUCCAAAUAUAAAUGAAUUAAAUAUUCAUUCAUUCUCAAAUAUCAUAGACGAAAAUAAUUAUGUUGAUAUUAUUUUACAAUGUAUCCACGAUCAUAUUAGUUCUUUAUCAUUAGAUACACCUUCAACACGUAUCAUCUUUACUUCCUUUAAUCCUGCUAUCUGUACUCUUGUUAACUGGAAGCAACCCAAUUUUGCUGUCUUCUUUAGCACUUAUUGCAAGAUGAAUAAACAAGAAGAAUCAAAAUAUAAAUCAACAAUUUGUAAUUCAAAGUUUAAUAUGUUUUCAAGCGAAUAUUCUGAAACAAUCAGAACUUCAUUAAAAGAAGCCGUUCGAUUUGCAAAGCGUAACAAUUUACUUGGAAUUAUAGCUGAUGCUGCUACUGUAGUUCAAAUUCCUUCUCUUAUUUCAAAUAUUAAAGAAAGUGGUCUUGUUUUGGUUACAUUUGGUGACAUAAAUGAUAGAAAUGAUUCUGAAUCUAUUUCAAUACAGCAUAAACAAGGUGUAGAUGCUAUUAUGAUGCAUGAUAUUGUUCAUUUCAAUACAGAAAUGGCUGUAGGAUUUUAAAUAAAUA